CAUAUCCAGGGGUGGACUAACAACUCAUGGGGCCCCCGAGCAAUAGGGGAUCAUGGGACCCCCCUGUGUCCUUGCCCAAACUCAAAAAAGCUUAUGAAAAAGGUACCAGGGACAUCUCAUGGGGCCCCCUACUGACCCCGGGCCCUCGGGCAGUGCCCGAGUUUCCAAAUGGUCAGUCCGCCCCUGCGUAUAUCUGUGCGCUAGUCACUUAUAGGAAUUCCCUUACAGUCACUACCAAUGGAUUAACUUGUCCACUAGAUGGAACUCUAAGAUUAGAAACUUUAUAUUAGUUUUCUGGGAUUAAAAGUAGAUUUAUUUUAUUUAGUCUAUAGAGGA